AUGAGAAAUGGGCCAGUAGGGCCAGGAGAAUGGACCUGGAGAGACAAGUACGACUCUCUAUUCAAAGUGGUGCUCAUUGGGGACACGGGUGUAGGGAAGAGCAACCUGCUGGACCACUUCACCCGCAACGAGUUCGACCUAGAGAGCAAAAGAACUAUUCGCAUGGAGUUUGCCACCUGUGGCAUCCAGGUGAAUGGCAAGACCAUCAAGGCGCAGAUGUGGGACACAGCUGGCCAGAAGCACAACUGCACCAUCACCUCUGCAUACUACCAGGGUGCAGUGGGUGCGCUGCUGGUACACAACAUUGGCAAACACUUGACAUAUGAGAAUGUGGAGUGCUGGCUGAAGGAGCUGGGGUAUCAUGCCGACAGCAACAUCAUCAUCAUGCUGGUGGACAACAAGAGUGACCUGUGCCAUCUGUGGGUCGUGUCCACUGACAAGACCCAUUCUUUAACAGAGAACAACUUGUCCUUCAUCCAGACCUCAGCCUUGGAGUCCACCACUGUAGAGGAAGCUUUCAGGAAUGUUCUCACAGUGAUCUACCACAUCGUGUCACAGAAGCAGAUUGCAGACCACUCGGCCCACAGAGCGUGCCCUGGAAACAACGUGGUGGGCAUCAGCGUGCCACCCUGUACGAUGGAUAAACCUAACCAGCUGCAGUGCUGCCAGAACCUGUGA